AUGACCCGUAAUUUCGGUGCCAUUACUUGUGAGCCGUGUAAAGGAUUCUUCAGGAAAAAUGCCCUCAAAAAUAAACCUAAGUGUUGUCCUUCAAAUGGCAAAUGCAUAAUAAAUACAUUGACGAGAAAAAUGUGUAAUAAAUGCAGACUUAAUAAGUGUUUUGCUGUGGGAAUGAAAAAGGAAUUAAUACUAAAUACAGAGGAAAAGGAAAGGAGAAAACAAAUCAAAAUUGAAAGACAAAUGAAAUUAAAACAAAAUUACAAUAAUUUUGAGUCUAAUCCAGAAAUCACUUCAACUAUUGCUGAAAAUAACGCUGAGAUUGGCUUAAAAUGCAAUCAUAAAAAUCAAAGUUAUAAACAAAAUUCAUCCCAAGAAUUAACAAUUAUUCCCAUAAGCAGUGGAUUAACAGACUAUAACGGAUUAAAGCAAUUGGAAAUCAAUCGGAUAUCAGAGCUGAUGAGGGCAUCGGUUGUAUUCAACUAUCCGUUGAAUAUAAACGGCUUAACGUAUAAAAUGGAUGACUUGGAAGAAGUGAUGAAAUAUUUUUCAUUAAUGAAUGAAACAAUGAUUACAAAUAUAAUUGGUUUCACAAAAUGUUUGUCUGGUUUUGACAAUAUCUGUGCCGACGAUAGGUUGGCGUUAAUUAAGUACAACACCAGAGAUCUCAUAGCCGUCUGUACUCUACAGUACUUUGAUAGAGAGACCAAUAAUUCUGGCGAUCACACUACUCGAACAACAACUUACCAAUUCUACGACACGGAGUAUAAAUAUAUUAAACAACACUUUGGGCCACUCAUGCAUGAAGAAUACCAUUCGCUCGUUAUUGUGUUCCUCACAUUUGGGUAUCCU